AUGUCUUCCUCCAGUACGGCAGGUCGAUCACCGUCAGCUACGGCCAAACCAGACAAGAACAAAAAGCAAGCCAAGAUCCUAACACUCAAGUUGUCACCCCAAGUCCUGCGUCGCUUCGAGGAGCCUCCGGCCAAGUCAGAGGAACAAUCGACGGCCUCAGCAGCGUCGUCUCCCCCUGCUACAGUCGAGGAGACAUCCACUCUGAAAGUCCCCGAAGUCAAUGAAGAUGCCUCCGAAGCCGCCUCAACCCCGGCUCCCACAUCUGCUGAUGCGGCCGAUACCUCGAAUGGUGAUGGCUCGAAGAAGCGCAAAGGAGGUUCGCUGGCAGGCACAAAGAGAAGUCUAGGACAAAUGUCUGAGGUAAAUGGACUACCAAGACCACGAGGCAAGCCUGGCCCAAAAAAGAAACCCAGACUUGAAGAUGGCACCAUUGAUCAUGGUGGCGUCAAGGCCUCGACUCCAGCUGGCAUCAAUAUUGGGCACAAGCUGGGCCCAAAAGCUAAUCAAGGUGCCAUCAACGCCGGCCUUCGUGCUCUCGACCGCUCCGGUAAGCCCUGUCGCAAGUGGAGCAAAAAGCCAUUCACUCUCAAGAGUUUUACUGGGGUGGUUUGGGAGCUUGCUUCGUGGCGAGGGCAAGAAAGACCACCAAUACUCAACGGUGAAGAGUCAAGCGAUACCAACCAGGUCUCACAACAAGGUUCUAGCGACGUCAAACCCAACGAAAGUGACGUCGCCAUGGACAGCAAUGCUGGCGACCAAGCAGAGCCUAUGCUCAUGUCAACGCCUGCUGCCAGUUCUCCAGCACCAAUGCCACCCCCUUCAGCAGCCAUUGCUGCUCAAGGUUGA